AUACGAGCCAGAAGAUGGAAGGUGAUUGUAUUGUAUCCCACCGCACCGCAUCGCACCGCACCGCAUCGCAUCGCUUUGCGCACCUAGCACCACAUCAGCAGGAACCGACAGUGAUAAGGGGCCAGGGACCACCACGGCGGCGACGGCGACGGCGACGGCACAGAGAGCUCGAGUCAUCCGACAACAGCGAACACCCCCAGUUUUACCUGCCCCCAAGUGCCGGAUAUGCGGUCAAGCCUCGGAAACCUUCCACGCCAGCACCGCCCUCGUGGCACCCAUCUUGCAGACGUCGCCUCGAGCCAACCAGGUCAAGGGCUGCAGGGCUGUCCUAGCUCGUGCUGAUCUCAAAACCGUCCGACCGUCCAUCUCUGCUUCGUCCAGACAAACAGACUGACAGACUGACAGACUGUCAGGCCUGUCGGGCUCGAGUGCUGCCCUGCCAGCCUGCCAGCCUGCCAGCCUGCCAGCCUGCACCCGCGGUGCUGGGGUAGUCAUAUAUCCAAUUUCCCUUUUGUGGUCCGUCCUUUCAAGCCGCGCCGUGACUGGCCCGCGCCGUCGAGCAUCCCUGUCGUCGUUCGUCUGUUCUCGGUUUAAUGCCGCCGACCAGCCUGGCAUGUCCCGGCCGUUGCCAUCUCCAGGUUUCCCCCUAUUCCGGCCGCCCUCGCAACUACGGAGUACCCUACCAUGAGUCCAAAUGACAGCAGCCUCGCCGUGUCCCAACCUCAUGCUAGCUCGGCCCCGUGACUGUCGAACCGACCUCACGACCGCUCGCCUGCGGCCUGCCCUGCCCACGAUGAGGAGUGAGGUCCAAGUCUUGGCGGCACCCUGCGCUCUCAGAUGGGUCACUUGAGCCCACCGAGCGCUGAUGAGCAGGUGGAUAUCAUCUCUCCGUCGACACUGGAGAGAUUAGCACUCUCGCCCAACCACACAGCCAGACACCCAGACACCCAGACCAUGCGGUGGGCCUCCCCGUCGGACUCGACUGUGGGGCUCCACCCGCCCAUCUCGCCGUCAGUGCAGAUGUGUGAUCAGGGGUACCGACGCUCUGCCCGGCUCCGCUCCACUUCACUACCCCGGCGUCGCCAGAGGUAAUAAAACAAUACACUCCUCGACCCGGCGCCCUCUCAUCCCACCUGUUCCCCCUUCUUUUACCUCCCCCACGGACCCCUUUGAUGCGGUGAUAUUGUCAAGUGGAAAGCAUCGCCAGCUUUCGCCUCUCCGUACCAUAAUCCCGACCUACCGCUUCACUCUUUCAGCGGGCACUCGUUAUUCUGCAAAAGAAGAAAAAGAAGAAAAAAAAAACUAACCCUCCGAAAUAAUUACCCGACUGUAAUACGGUGUCUUUGUGGUUUCACCCCGGAAACAUGAAGACCUCAUCCCUUGUGGCCGCCGCCCUCCUCGGAGGUGCUAAUGCCCAUGCCCACCGCCGCGCGCACGACCUCUUCAACAAGAGGGCCAACGACACCGAAGUCUGCGUCCCCGGCUGCACUACCUACUACACCACCGUCACUGGCACCGACUUCAUAUGGCAGCCAACCCCCAAUGCUCCGGCCAUGACCCCCAGCAGCGCUGUCAUCACGCCUCCCUCUGAGGCCGUGACCCCGACCGCAUCUGCUGCCACUUCCCCCGUGGCCGAGACUCCUGCCGUGGUUCCCACCCCUAUCGGCCACACGGUCCCCACGCCCGGAACCUACACUUUCCCGGCCACGACCAUGACCGUGACUGAGACCACCUCUACCGUGGUCCCAUCCACGACUGAGGUGCCCGUCGGGACCCACACGCUGGGCGGUGUCACCACCAUCGUGGAGACCGCUACGACGGUUGUCUGCCCUUACGCCACUGUCUCGACCCAGAGCGGAGGAGUUGUCACCAGCCUGAUCCAGACCACUACCUACGUCUGCCCAUCCGCUGGCACUUACACUAUUGCUCCUACGACCACCACUGUCACCGUCCCCGAGACCGUGACCGUCCCCGUUGUGGCGACCUUCACGCCUGGUACCUACACCGCACCGGCCGUUACCACCGAGGUCACCACCCAGACCGUUAUCUACUGCCCCUUCGAGGGCGUUGAGGCCACCUCCACUAGCGCUGUCGUUGUCCCCGGCCCCUCAAGCGCCGCCGUCCCCCCCGCCGUCCCCAGCGCCGCCGUCCCCAGCGAUGUCGUCCCCAGCGCCGCCGUCCCCAGCGACGUCGUCCCCGCCGCCGUCUCCAGCGUCGUCGUUCCUCCCGUCUCCAGCGCUGUGCCACCGCCUGCCAGCUCUCCGGUCGCCGUCCCGACCACCUCUUCGGAGAUUGCCCCCGUGAUCUCGUCGGCUUCUUCCUCUUCUUCCUCGACCGCCGCUUCCUCCACGCCUACUGGAACCCUGGGUGGCGGUGGAGGCCUGUGGGCCAUGACCUACACGCCCUACGACUCCUCGAACGGCGAGUGCAAGACUGCUGACUCCGUCGACGCCGAUAUCAAGUCCAUCUCCGAGGCUGGCUUCACCACUCUCCGUGUGUACUCUACCGACUGCGACACCCUGCCUCUGGUUGGUGACGCCUGCAAGAAGUACGGCCUCAAGAUGAUUGUCGGUAUUUUCAUUAGCGAGUACGGCUGCGCCAACGGUUCCCCCGAUGUCGACACCCAGAUCUCCGCCCUCAAGGAGUGGGGCCAGUGGGACCUCGUCGAGCUCAUGGCUGUCGGAAACGAGGCCCUCUACAACGGCUACUGUACCGCCCAGGAGCUCGUCAACCUCAUCCAGCACGUCAAGAGCGAGCUGACCGACUACACCGGUCCCUACACGACCACCGAUAUCGUCAGCGCCUGGGAGCAGGAGGACGUCCAGUCCAUCGUGUGCGACGCCGUCGAUGUCGUUGCCGCCAACAUCCACUCCUACUUCAGCGCCGAUGUCCUGCCCAUCGACGCCGGCAAGUUUGUCAAGAGCCAGAUCGAGAACGUCGAGAAGGCCUGCGGUGGCAAGCCCGGCUACGUCCUCGAGUGUGGCUACCCGACUGCCGGCAACGUCAACGGUGUCAACAUUCCCUCCCCGCUGAACCAGGAGAUCGCCAUCACCAGCAUCAAGGAGACCAUGGGUGACAAGGUCGUCUUCUUCUCCGUCAAGAAUGACGAGUGGAAGGCUGACGGCGCCUGCAACUGCGAGAAGCACUGGGGCGUGGGUAACCUCUUCGGUAUUGUCAGCAUCUAAGUCAAGUCGGUAAUAUAGUAAGCGCUUGGAUAUAAGAAAAUUUGUGUGUGUUUGACCUUCUUGUACAUCGGAUUCAUAUGCCAACUUCACCCAAUUCGAUAUGCCAAUUACUGCCGCCAUUCAACAACUUCACCUUCAUAUAACUAACAUGGUGUACGAGUGCCUUGUGGCUGUGCAAGGGUGUCAGUCAGAGAAAGAGCCGGCCGGCCGAAUGUUAGCGAAACAGUUACAUUUUGAGAUUGGAGAUUUCGUUGCUCUACGCACAAGAUAGGAUCCGCAUGUAGACAGACAUGUAUCAACAAUAUGGCAAGGCAAGGCUUGCAAGUCCUCACACAUCA